AUGAAUUCCCGAUUCGUGGAUGAUGAAAUGGAUGAUUAUUAUUUGGACAAUGAAGAGUAUGGAGACGAACAAUCUCAGGAUGCUCAGGACUUGCAGCAUGAGGAAACUUUGCAGCAUGAGGAAACAGAAGAAAUCUCAGUGGAAGAAUUCUUAAUUAAUUUAGUCAUGGCCAGGCCCCCAUUAUGGGACUCGCGGUUACCUUUGAAGGAUAGGAGCAAAACAAUUAGGGAUAAUCUUUGGCUCGAAGUUUAUAAAGCUUUUGGGGAACAAGAACAUUUGUCAGUAUCAGUACUUAUAAAAAAGUGGAGGAAUCUCAGAGAUACUUAUGUACGUGUAAAAGGAGAAACAAAAAGCUAUGUACCCAGUGGCAGUGCGGCAGGUAAAAAGAAAAAGAGAAAGUGGGAAUAUUAUGAUCUCAUGUCAUUUCUGAGUGACACCAUUAAAUAUCGGCCAACAGUCAGUAACUUAAAAUCAAAUGUAAGCUGCAAUGAAAAUGAUACACAAAUUGAAGCAGCUGAUGGUUCUAACAAUGUUAAUAGUGCCUCCAACAGUAACUCCACUAGAUCUUCUGAUACAACAAAAAAUGGUGCUAGACUUAACAGAAAAGAUUCAAAGAAUAUUGAUUUGGCAAUAGUGGAGGCACUAAACAGAGUCAAUGCUCCAGUUCCAGUACCACCUCUACCACCACCACAAUCUUCCUCGCCAAAUAACAACCCAGUAUACUUUCCAAGUUUGUGGUACUUCAAACAUUUCCAUUUUAUCAAUGACCAUAUUGAAGUUAGGCAGUCCAUCGACUCUGUAAAUCUUCAUGAAUCAACUGUAGAUGAAGUGGAAUAUGAGGUGAUAGAUGAGGGGUACAGAAUAGAAGAAGCUGAAAAUGAUUCCAAUAUAGAGGUUAGUUAUUUGUCUGAUGAUGUGCAUAGCAUUGAUACACAACAAAAGCAGUCUGAAAGCACUUCAGAUCUACCAAAGUCAGUGUAUAGUUGUGCAUCAGCAAAGGCUCCAAAACAUAAAAAGAAGAAAUCCAAUGACCAUGAUUAUAUAGUUGAAGAAGCUUCCAAUACUUUGAAGACUAUCAGCAAAACUCUUCAGAAAGUUAAUAAUUUGGGAACAGGAUCUGCAUCAAAAGACGAACAAACUGAUAUUUAUUCUGAGGAUAGAGCCUUGGCAAAUUUUAUUGUUUCAAAACUCCAUAAAAUUGAAUAUCCAGACAUUAGGUUACAGCUGGAAGAAACAAUAACAAUGGAACUAUUCUCAGCAAUAAAAGACUGUAGGAAGAGGAGACUUGAUGAAUUUUGA